AUGGUGCAGUGUUUGAGAAAGAAAGGUCAUGUGGUCGCGGUCACAGGUGAUGGCACGAAUGAUGCGCCAGCUUUGAAGGAAGCAGAUAUAGGACUUUCUAUGGGGAUUCAGGGCACUGAAGUGGCUAAAGAGAGUUCUGAUAUUGUCAUCUUGGAUGAUAAUUUUUCUUCGGUUGGAACAGUUCUGAAAUGGGGAAGAUGUGUCUACAACAAUAUCCAGAAAUUCAUCCAAUUUCAGCUCACAGUAAAUGUGGCAGAGAAUGGGGACAUGUCAUGGCAGGGAGGUUGGGAAAAAGAUGAAACAAUCGAAGAUGCAGCACAGCGUGAGACAAUUGAGGAAGCUGGAGUACGAGGUGAAGUUGAGUGCAAACUUGGAACAUGGUACUUUGAGAACAAAGCUGGUGACACUGCCUAUGAAGGGCACAUGUUUCCGCUGUUUGUAAUGGAAGAAUUCGACUACUGGCCUGAGAAAGAGAUUCGCGAAAGAAGUUGGAUGAAUGUGGGAGAAGCAAGAAAACUAUGCCAAAAUGGGUGGAUGAAAGAAGCGUUGGAAGUAUUAGUAAGUCGUCUCACAUCACAAAACAAGCGGAUCAAAGGGGAACGUAUCUCCAGUGGAAGAACAACUAUUCUUCCUUGGGGAUGUAGAGCUCAACUACUUUCUCCACCGCUAUCAAGUUCCACCGAAGAAGCAGAGUCUCCAUUGAUAUCGAUCCACUACCAAAACCAACAUGGUAGAUGUAGUUUGUGAAUAGGAACUGAU